CUUCAACCUCAACGCGCCUCUUCCGAACAUCGUCAUUCGUGUGUUGACUUCUUUUCCACCCUCUCUGCCUCUCACAACCAGAACGACUUGACCUGCAUUCCGGAUCUGGUUGCGCCAAUAGGUAUAAACCGUUGCAAUAUACGCUGCGAUAUUUCGAAAGUCUCUCCGAUCCUGCAAUGGCAGAAGUUGAUACCAGGCCCGAUGUGGCCACGACGGUUGCCGACGACGCUCAAGACCAUGCGCAAGAGCUUGCGCUCGCCACAGCCAGCAACGAAGUAGCACCCCCGACAGAGAAGAAGGUGAAGAAGAUUAUCAGGCGAAAAAAGAGGCCAGCGAGGCCGCAAAUCGAUCCUGCCUUGGUCAAAUCGGAACCGCCGCCGCAGACGGGUACUGUCUUCAACAUCUGGUACAACAAGUGGUCUGGCGGCGAUCGGGAGGACAAAUACCUGUCGCAAACUCACGCCAAGGGGAGGUGUAAUAUUGCCCAGGAUUCGGGAUACACGCGGGCUGAUGCCCGUCCCGGCUCGUAUUUCUGUCUGUUUUUCGCGAGGGGCAUAUGUCCCAAGGGCCAGGACUGUGAUUAUCUACAUAGGUUACCAGGCCUGCACGACAUUUUCAACCCGAAUGUCGACUGUUUCGGACGCGACAAGUUCAGCGACUACCGCGACGACAUGGGCGGCGUGGGUAGCUUUACCCGGCAGAACCGCACAAUAUACAUUGGCAGGAUCCAUGUGACGGAUGACAUCGAGGAGAUUGUUGCGCGGCACUUUGCCGAAUGGGGCCAGAUUGAGCGCAUCCGCGUGCUCAAUACAAGGGGUGUGGCAUUUGUGACGUAUACGAAUGAAGCCAACGCUCAGUUUGCAAAGGAGGCAAUGGCCCAUCAAUCCCUUGACCAUAACGAAAUCCUGAACGUUCGGUGGGCGACGGCGGACCCUAACCCAAUGGCUCAGAAACGCGAAGCCAGACGUAUCGAGGAGCAAGCAGCAGAGGCUAUCCGGAAAGCACUGCCGGCCGAGUACGUAGCUGAGAUUGAAGGGAAGGAUCCGGAGGCACGGAAAAGGCGAAAACUUGAGAGCAGUUAUGGCCUGGAAGGGUACGAGGCGCCCGACGAGGUGCAUUUUGCAAGGGGCCCGAACGCGGUCAACCCAAGAGGAAGGGAAGGCUACGAGCUUGAGCAUGAGCAGCGGCUGCUGCUUGAGGCUUCAGAAGCGGUCCAAGCGGAGGAAGCACACCAUCAAGGACAUGGUGAGGGAACGACAGGUGGAAUUCUUUCCGGAAGUACCUUGGCUGCGUUACAAGCAGCUCAAGUGGCUGUCGCGACAAAACCAAAGGCAUCGGCAGCUUCUUCUGGGCCGUUAGUAGCAUACGGUAGCGACGACGAGGAUGACUGAGGGGGUGUUACAGUGUUUUAACGUAUUUCACUUAGAUCUGUAUAAUGCAUGAUACCAAUACCAUAACAUGCAACCGUACCGCAUGCACCCCCAACCCCCCCUGUAUAUAAACAA